UUAGCUGCGUCAGGCGUGGUCGUUCGUUAGAGACCGCAGUAUAUCCGAGUCUGGCGAGUUGUAUGAGUCGGUCUUCUGUGCUGUUGCUUCUUCCCGACCUUUGUUGGCAGGACUGUGUACAUAUAUGCGCGCGUGCGAGUGUGUCAGUGUGCGCGCUUGGCAGAGAGAGGUCGUUUAACUUUUUCUCCCUCGACCACCCCCCCCCCCCCUCUCCUCCUGUUCCUACCGUUGUUUUUCUUUUACUUGCCGAUCCGGUGAAACGAAGAACAACGUCGUUGAAAUCGUCGGUUCUCUCUUUUCUUCUUCUUUUUUUUUUUUUGUUUCUCUCUCUCUUUUUCGCGAAGCAACAAAACAUACCGGGGAACUGGCAAUCGAUAAUGAAACAAUGCACAGAAAAGUGAGAGUGAACGUGACCACGUUCGGCCGGUUUGCCGACAGCGUGAAUCACCAGCAGCAACACCGGCGUUCAUGAGCCCACGCAGCGGUCCUAACCGAUGCACGAGAGAUUUCUCUCUUUCUCCUCCCUCUUUCGCUCUUUUUCUUGCCACCCUCUCUCUCUCUCUCUCUCUUUUUACUCUUCGCUCCUAGUACUACACGUUUCACGCUCCUCCCUCUGGCACUCGAGUGCCGCCUCGCAAAUUUGCGUACGCAAGUUUUCCCCAGUUUUCCACUGUGACAGAUAAUAAGUAUUACGCAGAGUCACAAUACGUAACACGCCCGUUCUUUCUCUUCCAUUUAUACUUCUGUCCAUUUCCACGGAAUAAUUAGAUCACUCUGUGUACAAUAUACACGCUUCUUCUCAGAAAGAACGAGGGCAAGGAACAUGACGGAACUUUGAAUUAUCGUAAUUUCUUGACGAUAAAACGAAAGGACCAAAUUAGAGGGAGAAAGAGAGAAAGAAUCGUGCCGUAGAGAGGAACCGCGCGAGAUGUCGACGGAAAAUCAGAACGGUUCUGCCGGCACGCAGAGCAACGGGAUAAAAACGACGAUCGGCUGGUCGUCGUCGACGAGAACCGUUACGAACAAUUCGUCGUUCUUGCACACCAGCAACUCGAUGCUGAACCGUGACAAACCGCGUCAAGUGCCACCGCCGACAUUGCCGAAAUACACGUCGAGUUUUAACGCCGGUUGGAAUGGCAGCAGCGGCACCGCCGAACGAUUGAGCAGAGAUCGCGAGGUUGGCGGUAGUUACAGGCUAGCGAGCCUCGACAGGCUUGCUCUUAGGCAAAGGAUACUCGACGGGGAGAAACCGAACGGCGACACCACGUCGAUACAGGCGAAGCGUGAGCUAUUCUUCAAAGGCGACAACGCCGGAAUAAUAUCGUCACCAUCUGUGCCGUCGGUGCCGCCCCCGCAACCACCGUCGCAGGCCCCGUCGUCGAUGAGCACAUCGUCAACGAGCACGUCGUCGACGACGACCACAACAAUCACAACGCUCGCCUCGCCUAACACAGUACCACCGCCAGCCUCCUCGACCGUGUACACAAGUGUCACAUCGUCGGCGCCUAGUUCCAAGCCACGAUUACCUCCGUCCACGGUGAUUCUAAAUCAAAACGAUGCAUCGGAGGACAGCAAUAAACGAGAAUCAAACAGAGCCACCGAGAACAAGGAGACUGCUGUUCUUCAUCAUCCACGACCAACACCACCGACCAAGCCCAAGGAGCUCGACGGUUACGUGGGAUUCGCGAAUCUGCCCAAUCAAGUUUACAGAAAGGCCGUUAAAAAGGGAUUUGACUUUACCCUGAUGGUUGUCGGUUAGUUCGAUCUCUACUGUUUCUCUUUCCCUUUCUCCUUCUGAUUUCGAUCAACCUAAUUUGGAAUCUUUUUCGUUUUUCUCCUUCUUAACA